GGGGGGCGGCCGGGGGGUCGUGGAGAAGUUUCCGGGUGUCAGGCUGUGCUACCCACCCCACCCCUACUUCAGCCUGUGUACUGUGGCUGACACAUGACUGUUCCCAGGCCUUGCUUAGGGAGUAGGGCAUUAAAGCCAGAGGAUUUUCAGCUUGAGCCUGUCCGGCUUGUGCAGGACUACAGCACCCACACCCCACCGAGAGGCACAUCUGUGAGGGGAUGAUGGCACUUGUACUCAGCGGCACUGUGGAUCUCUGCUCUGCGGCCACGUCCAACUACUGAGGGCCCCAUGGGCUGUGAGCAAGUAGAGCACCACAGGGCAGCUCCUGUCCUUCCCUAAAGUGAGGGGGGGGGGGGCAAGGGAAAGAGCCUUCCAAGCACCACAGGAGCAUUUUGGGAGUAGCCCAUGGUGAAGAGGCCACAUUUACACAGAUGAACCACGCGUUGUGGCAGCACUGCAAGCCUAGAUAGUUGAACGGCAGACUGCUGAAGCAGGAUGCCGUCAACAAGUCGAGCUGGAAGCCUGAAGGACCCAGACAUAGCAGAACUCUUCUUCAGGGAUGAUCCAGAAAAACUUUUUUCUGAUCUCCGGGAAAUUGGACAUGGAAGCUUUGGAGCAGUCUAUUUUGCACAUGAUGCACGCACUAGUGAAGUGGUUGCCAUCAAGAAAAUGUCCUAUAGUGGGAAGCAGUCCAAUGAGAAAUGGCAGGAUAUCAUCAAAGAAGUGAAGUUUCUGCAAAGAAUAAAACACCCCAACAGUAUAGAGUACAAAGGCUGCUAUUUAAGGGAGCACACAGCAUGGCUGGUCAUGGAGUAUUGCCUAGGAUCUGCAUCAGACUUACUAGAAGUACAUAAAAAGCCAUUGCAAGAAAUAGAAAUAGCAGCGAUCACCCAUGGGGCAUUACAGGGAUUAGCUUAUUUGCAUUCUCAUAAUUUGAUCCAUAGAGAUAUCAAGGCAGGAAAUAUUCUUCUCACAGAGCCGGGUCAGGUGAAACUGGCUGACUUUGGGUCCGCUUCGAUAGUAUCUCCUGCCAAUUCAUUUGUGGGGACUCCAUAUUGGAUGGCCCCUGAAGUAAUUUUAGCCAUGGAUGAAGGGCAGUAUGAUGGAAAGGUGGAUGUCUGGUCUCUUGGGAUCACUUGUAUCGAGUUAGCUGAAAGGAAACCCCCUUUGUUUAACAUGAAUGCAAUGAGUGCCUUAUACCACAUAGCUCAGAAUGAGUCCCCCACGCUUCAGUCUAAUGAAUGGUCUGAUUACUUCCGGAACUUUGUAGAUUCGUGUCUCCAGAAAAUCCCACAAGACCGACCAACAUCAGAUGAGCUGCUGAAGCACAUGUUUGUCCUACGGGAACGGCCUGAAACAGUAUUAAUUGACCUGAUACAGAGGACGAAGGAUGCAGUAAGAGAGCUGGAUAAUCUACAGUACCGUAAAAUGAAGAAGCUGCUUUUCCAGGAGGCUCACAAUGGGCCAGCUGUGGAAACACAAGAGGAGGAAGAGGAACAAGAACAUGGAGUUGGUCGAACGGGAACUGUAAACAGCAUUGGUAGUAAUCAGUCCAUUCCUAGCAUGUCCAUCAGUGCAAGUAGCCAAAGCAGUAGUGUGAAUAGUCUUCCAGAUGCCUCAGAUGACAAGAGUGAGCUGGAUAUGAUGGAGGGAGACCAUACUGUGAUGUCAAAUAGCUCUGUCAUUCAUUUAAAACCAGAAGAAGAAAGCUACCCAGAGGAACCAGAGCCUAGAGCGCGACCUUCAGAACCACAGUCUCCUCCCCAGGUUUCCCGUCACAAGUCUCAUUAUCGAAACCGUGAGCACUUUGCCACCAUACGCACAGCCUCGCUGGUGACGAGGCAAAUCCAGGAACAUGAACAAGAUUCAGAACUCCGUGAACAGAUGUCUGGCUACAAACGCAUGAGGCGGCAACAUCAAAAGCAGCUGAUGGCGCUGGAGAACAAGCUGAAGGCUGAGAUGGAUGAGCAUCGUCUCCGUCUCGAUAAAGACCUUGAAACGCAGCGGAAUAACUUUGCAGCAGAAAUGGAAAAACUUGUUAAAAAACACCAGGCAGCUAUGGAGAAAGAGUUAAAGUUAAUGGCCAAUGAAGAGAAGAAAUUCCAGCAACAUAUUCAGGCACAACAAAAAAAAGAACUGAACAGCUUCCUGGAAUCGCAAAAGCGGGAAUAUAAACUGCGCAAAGAACAGCUAAAAGAGGAGCUUAACGAAAACCAGAGUACGCCAAAGAAAGAGAAGCAGGAAUGGCUUUCCAAACAGAAGGAAAAUUUCCAGCAUUUCCAAGCUGAAGAGGAAGCCAAUCUUCUGCGUCGUCAGAGACAAUAUCUAGAGUUGGAGUGCCGUCGCUUUAAGAGACGAAUGCUCCUGAGUCGACAUAAUUUAGAGCAGGACUUGGUCAGAGAGGAGUUAAACAAAAGGCAAACACAGAAAGACCUGGAACACGCUAUGCUUUUGCGGCAGCACGAAUCCAUGCAGGAACUUGAGUUUCGCCAUCUCAACACUAUUCAAAGGAUGCGAUGUGAGCUCAUAAAGCUACAGCACCAAACUGAACUCACAAACCAGCUAGAAUACAACAAGAGACGGGAGCGGGAGCUAAGGCGCAAGCAUGUUAUGGAGGUCCGACAACAGCCGAAGAGUUUAAAGUCCAAAGAGCUGCAGAUUAAAAAGCAGUUCCAGGAUACGUGCAAGAUCCAAACCCGGCAGUAUAAAGCUCUACGGAAUCACCUCUUAGAAACCACACCAAAGAAUGAACACAAGGCAGUGCUGAAAAGGCUGAAAGAGGAGCAGACGCGCAAACUGGCUAUACUGGCCGAGCAAUACGACCACAGCAUUAAUGAGAUGCUGUCCACACAAGCUUUGCGUCUGGAUGAGGCUCAGGAAGCAGAGUGCCAGGUCUUGAAGAUGCAGCUGCAGCAGGAGCUGGAACUACUCAAUGCUUAUCAAAGCAAAAUUAAAAUGCAGGCGGAGGCCCAACACGACCGAGAGAUACGUGACCUGGAACAGAGAGUUUCCCUGCGCAGGGCCCUUCUUGAACAGAAGAUUGAAGAAGAAAUGCUGGCUUUGCAGAAUGAGCGCACUGAGCGGAUACGAAGCUUGCUGGAGCGCCAAGCACGGGAGAUUGAAGCUUUUGACUCUGAAAGCAUGAGGCUAGGCUUUAGCAACAUGAUACUUUCUAAUCUCUCCCCCGAGGCGUUCAGCCACAGCUACCCGGGAGCUUCUGGCUGGUCCCAUAAUCCCACAGGAGGCCCUGGCCCUCAUUGGGGUCACCCCGUGGCUGGACCACCGCAAGCCUGGGGUCACCCGAUGCAAGGUGGGCCUCAACCAUGGGGUCAUCCCUCAGGGUCUAUGCAAGGUGUCUCUCGUGGUAGUACAAUGGGGGUCCGCAACAGCCCCCAGGCUCUGAGGCGGACAGCUUCCGGGGGACGGACAGAGCAGGGAAUGAGCAGGAGCACAAGUGUUACUUCACAGAUAUCCAAUGGUUCACACAUGUCUUACACAUAACUGAAAGAAAAAACUCUAUGGCCAUUCCUUAUGAUCUUUCAACACAAACUGCCUAGAGAUGUCCUCACAACAGCUUCCUCAUUGAUAAUGAGCAGCUGCCAAAAGAAAAAAAAAAUAGAAAAAAAGCUUCCUACACAUGCUGUAUUUUAAUCAUUUUGUACAGGGUUAAAAUUAUGUGUGUUAUCUUCAGUAUGAUUGCAAUAGCUGCUGGAUUUCUAACAGGCAGACUGGGGUAUAACUAGUUGGCGUUGGAUUGUGCUAAGAGGGAACACGGGGGGGAGUAGCUGGAAACCAAAAGCAGUUCUUUUCAGUACAUGGACUUAUUUAUUUCCUCCAUCCCAUUAAGGGUGCCUCUUGUCACCACUGAAUAAGAAAAGUGCCCUCUGCUGUUGUGUAGGCAAUAGUCCAGUCUGUCUUUAUAUUUUGUGUUUGUUCAUCCAGGCAGGAGGAAUUCAGAAUCAACAUCAUCUGGUUUAUUUAAGUUUCAUUUGAAUUAGACCCUAAAAUUAUUGUAUAUUCAGCUACAUGUAUGAACCCAGAGUGAACUGCUGCCUAAAAGUAUUUGUCAGUCCGAAUUUUGGCAACUUGAGGGUAUUUUUUUUGCGGUCAACCUAUUUCACCUUCUCUAUAUCUGUGGAGAAUUGGCUUUUACUUUCUGUCCUGCUUUUUAACUCUUUUACCCUUAAAUUCGUGAAAUCACCGAGCCAAGUAGCUUGACCUGUAGUUUAGCUUGCACAUCUACGACUUUACAAUGUUCAGACCAUAUGUUUGCGUAGAGGCCUUUUCGUUAUGCAGAUGUUAGUACUGUACGGCAUUACUCUAGAUCAGGCAUGGGCGGCCUCAGUGGUUGGACAUAUUGGCAUUUUAAGGGCUUGUGAAAGAUGCCAGGAGUUGCUAGGGUAUACAAGGUGGGGUUCUAAUGUUGCCAACAGGCGCUUGAAAAUGGGGGGGGGCACUCCCUGAUGUGUAGUACUGAUGAUGCCAAUGCUUGUUUUAGAUUUUACUACUUCCACUGUUUGACCCUCUGCUUGAAUUGUUCAAUUUUAUUGAUGCUGACAGUAGAGUGUUCCAGCUGCUGUGACUUUAGUAGCCAUGUUCUAUUUCCAUUCUGGCAUGUUCAGUUAACAUUGCCCAUCGUGUGCCAGUGCCCUAACAGUCAGCCAUUGGCUGUUUACUUUUGCCAUAGCAUUAAUUGACUAGCCACUAAUGCCCCUACUUUCCUUUUGUAAGACUCCGUGAUCAAGAUCUCUUCCUGUGCUGCUGUGUGAUGUAGUUUGGAAUGGAUGGGUGUGUGAUACAUGGCUACAGUAAUGUGUAAACUCAUAUAUAUAUAUAUAUAUAUAUAUAUAUAAUAUAUAUAUGAGCUGAGCGUUUAGACAUAAAGGAUGGUGUUUGUAUCCUUCAGUAAUACUUUGGUGCUGUUAGUAGUGCCAAUAGCUGGAUAAUCGGCCCAAAUCAAAGUGGGGGUCGCUAAUUCAUGUAGGAAGUUGUGCAGAAGGGUUGGAAAGUUAGAAAGUUGUUAUCACAGGGUCUCAAAACCAAGAGUGGGGCGUCAGGACACUAAACGUGGCUACACUGGAGCUGCUGCUUAUGUUAGCUCUUCACCACAGGCUCUUCCUAGGCCUGAUUCAGUUUUUGUGCCCCUACCACUAUUGCCGAAUUCAUUAUUCUGCCAUGCUAAGACACUUGGAAAAGUAACACUGCACAUGUGUGUUUUAGUACAUUUGCCAUAUUUAAAAUUUUAGCCAAUAUAGGGAAAAGGUUAGGGUCUAUGUGUAAGUAGGGUUUAGCUUCCAUUCAAUUUCCCUUUUGUAGACAGUGGAUGGUUAGAGAACACUCCUGCUCUGCAUAUGUAAAGUUACAUAAAAGAAAGGGAGCUGCUAUAGUGCCGAAUCACAACAAUGGCAUUCAUAGAGGGCAGUAGAGCAGCACCAUUUGUAUAUGAGCACUUUGUGUUGGGUUUGGAAAAUGCUCCCUCAGAGCCAAACAACUUGGUAGCUCCCAAUCGUGUGCACAUUGAUAUCUGACCAGAGGGGAUAUUUAAUGCAAGCAGUUGCCUAUUCUUAUUCCUAUUUAAUGGAAACAGAUGGUAAAUAGCCUUACCUUUAAAUCUAGUAUAGUUUCCAUAUCUAUAACUCAAAUGCAGAUUGUCCUUAUGUGACAAUAUAGUUUGCAGCAUUCUCAUAUAGAUGGCUGCUCCUGAUAUCCUGUCAUGGGGCUGCUGUACAACUCAGUGGCACUUUCCUUAAAGAUUACAGUUAUCACUGUUUUGUAUCACUGAAAAGUAUUCUUACACUUAGCUGCAGUUAAGUAGGUUACAUUGAGUAUGAUCUUUUAAUUUCCAAAUGCAAUUUUAUUAUGGUUAUUUUUAUUAACUAUACCAGUAAUACUAGGUGGGCAAGCUUUGUUCUCACUAGAUCAUGCCUGCAAGUAAGUAAGAGAAUUGUUUUUAUCUGCAGUUCACAACCUGAUCCACUAUCAGACUUAGUGGCAUCUAUUAACUAAGAUACAUAUCUGUGUUUAGUAUAGCUUCACUUUGCGGGCUUAAUGCUAAUGGCACACCAGGCUGAUUCUCGGACUGCGGAUAAACGUAGGCCAAGAAUCUGCUCCUACAUUUCGAUCAGCCUACCCCUGUCCGGGUACAUACAUAUGUCUGGCCCAAAAUGCACAAGUAUGCAUCUGCGACACAGUGGCUCCAGGUGCAGGCACGGGGGUAGGUUAAUUGGAAUAUAGCGACUGAUUCUCAGCCUGCAUUUACCCUCAGGCUGAGAAUCAGCCAGUUAUGGCAUAUUAGCCUUAUUGUUUAAUAUCCUAGUACACAUAGAAAACCCCCAUACUGAGAAGUUCCCGGGAUGCCCCCCGUACUAGGGAGCAAGGGAACCAGGUGGCCCCAAACCAGUACUGAGGAGUUGGGCAGAAUGUAGGUAUGGAUCUGCGCGUGGGCAGCGUUAGCCAUUACUUCUCAUUUACUUGUACAGGGAAUGAAUAGCUCCUGAUAUCUGUAUCCUUUCAUGAGGGAGAAAAGGCAGAAUUUCUCCAGCUGGCUAAUAUCAUCCUUUACAUCCCAUUCUAAGUAAAAUUUCUCUUUUAUUUCAAAAGUGUCAGACUGGCCUCCUUGUCAAGGAGAAUUCCAUUUUGCACUUGCCCCAGGGUUCUCUGGUGGUCCCUAGGAGAGACCCAGUCUGAUACUGUUCAUAAAAGAUAAAUAGAACUGAUGUUUAUUUGAGUAGUCAUUUAGCUCCAAGAGCCAAUUGUUAUUUCCCCCUAAAAUUCCAUGCACUUUUGGUUUUCUGGCCAUAAACAUAGGCAUGUAUGGGCUGGGAUACCGCUGGGGGGGCAAUUCGUUUUUAAUACUAUUUGUAUCCUGGGGAUACAUUUCCUUUUAAAGCCAACUAAUUGAAACCUGAAUAGAGGAGCCAAGUUAGGGUCAUAGUGUGUGGGCUUAUAGGGGAGUUGGGUGG